UAAAUUUGAUAUUUUUUUACAAAAGCAAUAUGUUUCUAAUAUUAUUUUCAAUUAUAUUCAUUUUAUUUAUUGUUUUUGAUACAAUAUUUCGUUUCCAAAAUCGAAAACUUAGUCUGUUAGCAAAACAAGUACCGGGUCCAUGGGGUUUACCGUUUUUAGGAAUGUGGUAUACAGUUAUCGACGGACCUAAAGGAUUUUUAAGAUUAACAUCAAAUCUAGUGAAAAAAUAUGGUAAUAUAUGUCGGGCAUGGAUGGGAUACAGUUUGUAUCUGGUUGUAUCGAAACCUGAAGAUAUUGAGGCAAUAUUAACCAAUAGUGUUGAAAAAGAUUAUUAUUUGAAAUUUACAUCAAUAUUUGCUGGCGAUGGACUUUUUAUAGCUCCUGCACAGAUAUGGAAACACCGUCGUAAAUUAAUUAAUCCAACAUUUAAUACAAAAAUUGUUAAUAGUUUUCAUAAAAAAAUGGUUGCGAAAAGUAAUGUGUUGUGUAAAAAAUUAGAAACACGAACUAGCGAAGAUAAAUAUUUUGAUUGUUACGAUUCUUUAUUCGCUUGUACUUUAGAUAUUCUGUUUGAAACCAAUUUGGAUUUCUCAGUUGACUUUCAAAAUGGACAACUUCCAUAUUAUUUAAAAUAUAUGAAAAGAAUAACACGUUUGGUAGUUUUGUGGAUGGGAAAAUUUUGGUUGCACACAAAUAUUACUUUUAACCAUUCAAAUUUUGGCAAAAAACUCAUGCAAGAAACUCAAUACAUGAAAAGAAUUUCAUCGAAUAUUAUUCAAGAGAAAACUUUAGAAAUUAGAAAGAAAUUGUCUGAUGCAAAUUAUACAGGAAAUAAAAUUCAAAAACCUUUUUUAGAGCAUAUAAUAUAUGCUAAAGAAUCUGGUUUUCCAAUAUCGGAAACGAGCGUUGUCAAUGAAGUGGAUACAAUGAUUAUCGCUGGUAGUGACACAACCGCAUACGUAAUGAGUUUUGCAUUAAUGGCUUUAGGAGUUUUACAAGAUAUACAAGAUAAAGUUCAUGAGGAAAUCAUUAGUGUUUUUGGAAAUAGCGAUAGAGAAUGUACACUGGAUGAUAUCAAAUCAAUGCAAUAUUUAGAAAUGGUUAUAAAAGAGACAAUGAGAUUAUUUGCUCCUACUCCAUUACUGGCACGAAAAGUAACUACCGACGUUCAAUUGCCAAAUGUAAUAGUACCUGCCAACACGAACUGUAUCAUUUGUGUACUAGAAUUACAUCGAUCUUCGGACAUUUAUCCAGAUCCAUUGAAGUUUGAGCCUAAUCGAUUUUUACCUGAAGAAACAGCAAAGAGACAUCCAUACGCAUAUAUACCUUUUGGUGGUGGAGCAAGAGGUUGUAUAGGUCCAAAAUUCGCAUAUUUAUCAAUGAAAAUAAUUUUAACAUCAAUUUUACGAAAAUAUAAAAUAUACUCUGAUGUAAACUUAGAAAAUAUAGAAUUAAAAAUGGAAUUAUUUUUAAAACCUGUAAAUGGUUUUCGUAUCAGAUUAGAGACACGAUAA